AUUUUAUUAUAAUAAAAAGAAGUUUAUUGAAAAAUGGCGUCGUUGAAUGAAGAAGAAAACGUUACGCAUGAAAGUGGUAAGUUAUUUCGUAAAAAACUUAUUGUAAAAAUCGAGAAACCCAGUUUUGAUAAAGGUCGCCGCACGAGGUCAGGACGAAAGGUGACUGCUCCAACACCCAGUUCCCCUGCUAUCAAACCAGGUACCAGGAAGCGAUCCACAAGAAAGCAAACGCAAGAACAAGUAAUUGAACCAGAGCCCGAGAUCAUUGAAGAAGAGGAAGAAGCAAGUUCAUACUCGGAACAGUCGGACAUAAUUAAAGAAAUGCUUGCCGAAGCUGCCCAGGGGGUUAUAGGAGAUGGAACGUCACGUUCUCAGCAAAUGAAAACACUAGAAGAGGACGGGAUUUGUUUGAUUGACGAUGAUGAGGACGACGUUCAGGAGAUUAUCGAAGAAGUAGUUGAGGAGGAAAUGGUACACUCAGACUUGAUUGAAGAAGUCCCAGAAGAUGAGUUAAUGGAGGAGGAAGUUCAUACGGAACUUGUUGAGGAAGAAGUCGCUAUUGAGGAGGUGGAUCAUGAAAGUCCUCAUCAGGAACACCACGAAGAUGUGGUGGAGCAAGAAGUAGUGGCAGAGUUAACAGAUAUUAUCGAUGAAGAGCUUCUGACCGAGACGGUUUCGGAGAACGAAAUGGAUACGGAAAACGACACAGCCCAAGAUGGCGAAGAUCCCAACGACGCAACCGCUGCCGCUGGAAUAAAUGCCAACAAUGUAGACGAUGAAAAAAGCUCAUCGUUCCCAUUUGGCAAUGCCGCUCAGAAUGAGAACUCCGAGAAUGGACAAAAUGAAGUCAUUGCAGGCGAAUCGGAAGAAACCAACACAAACGAAUGUGUUGAGAGUUCCCUGUUGGCCAGCCUAGCUGGGGACAAUGCCAAUAGUCUGCCCUCGGUGGGGGAGGAAGAAGGAGAUGUUAAGAAUUUUGUCGAGAAAAUGGUUACUCAGGAACAAGAUGAAGAUGAAGAGAGUAUAUCGGAACCAGCCAUAGCUGAAUACACACAGAACAACAGCAGUGAUGCUACAUUGAUAAACACAGAAAUGGUGUCCGAAGAUGAGCUUCCAAUGCCAACUAAACCAGAGGUCAACGAUGCCGAAGAAGUGUCCGACGAGGAGCUACCAGCGCCGCAGAGAGCCGAACUACCUGCCGAUACGGAAGUAGUUUCAGAAGAUGAGCUGCCAACGAAUGGCAAUAGUGUUGCAAAGAAAUUGGAUGCGCCAGCAACUAAAAGGAAGGCAAACGAAGAAAAAUCAUCCGCCAGUGAGGAAUACAAUCCAGGAAGUCCAACCGGUGAGAGUAAUGAUGGACCAGUAGAAAAGAAAAUCAGAGUUGAUGGAGAAGGUGAAGAACCAAAAGAAAAGGAGAAAGAAAAAGAGAAGGAAAAAGAAAAGGAAAAGAAAAAGGAGAAAGAGAAGAAAAAGUUACCAGAUCUUGAAAAAUAUUGGAAAGUAGUUAAAGAUGAUCCAGCUGAUUUUACCGGAUGGACGUAUCUUUUGCAGUACGUUGACCAGGAGACUGAUGUAGAAGCCGCCCGGGAAGCUUACGAUGCAUUUCUAUCCCAUUACCCAUACUGCUAUGGCUACUGGCGCAAAUAUGCCGAUUAUGAAAAACGCAAAGGAGUCAAAGCCAAUUGUAACGAGGUGUUCGAACGUGGCCUUAAAGCGAUUCCACUCUCCGUCGAUCUCUGGAUACAUUAUUUGACGCAUGUAAAAUCUAACCAAGGUGACAACACCGAAUUCAUUCGAUCGCAAUUUGAAAGAGCAAUAGCCGCAUGUGGAUUGGAAUUCAGAUCGGACAAACUGUGGGAUGCAUACAUUAAAUGGGAAACAGAAGCCAAACGCUUUCAAAAUGUGACAAAAAUCUAUGACCGGCUCCUGAACAUUCCAACACAAGGCUACAAUGGACAUUUUGGAAAUUUCCAAGAUUUAAUCAACAAUCAUCCUGCAAAUGCAACUAUUUCUGUAGAAGAAUUCAAGAAACUUCGAGCCGAAGUACGCGAAGCUUUGAAGGCUUCAAAAGAAAACAGCAAGCAACAGCAUAUAGACAAUGAAGUACCUGUUGGUGCGGGAACAGAAGAGAAUGAACCAGAAGAAUCAGCCGAUGAAGCUGACGAUCACGUGCGCUCAGGCGAGGAAAUGACUGCCAUAAAGGAUAAAAUUAUAUCAGAACGAAGGAAACUACACAAGGCAACGGUGGCGGCAGUCAUAGCUCGCUGGACGUUCGAGGAAGGCAUAAAGCGACCCUAUUUCCAUGUGAAACCCCUCGAGCGUUGCCAGUUGAAGAACUGGAAGGACUACCUCGAUUUUGAAAUCGAAAAAGGUGAUCGGAAGAGAAUUUUGAUUCUAUUUGAACGUUGCCUUAUCGCCUGCGCGCUCUAUGAUGAGUUUUGGCUCAAGCUUAUCCGCUAUCUGGAAGCACAAAGCGACCCCGAGUUGAUAGGUGUCACGAGAGACGCCUACUAUCGGGCUUGUACCAUUCACCAUCCGGACAAACCAAGUUUGCAUCUGAUGUGGUCCGCCUUCGAAGAGUGCCAGAACGAGUUCGAAAAAGCAGCUCAAAUCCUCAUCGAUUUGGAGAAAAUCUGUCCGAACCUCCUACAGAUUGCCUAUCGGCGGAUAAAUGUCGAAAGACGUCGGGGGGACUUCGAGAAGUGCAAGAAACUCUACGAGCACUACAUAGAAACAGCGAAGAACAAGAACAUUGCCGGAAGCUUAUCAAUCAAAUAUGCCAGAUUCUGUAAUAAGAUCUGUGGAGACUUGGACGGAGCAAUUAAGGUGUUGCAACAAGCGCUAGAAAAGGAUCCGGCCAACACGAGGGUGGCCCUUCAGAUGAUCGAUGUUGCUCUGCAAAGGUCGAAGGUUGACGAGAAAGAAGUCGUUUCAAUUAUGGACAAGUUUAUGGCUCGGGAGAAUGUAGAGUUGGAGCAAAGGGCGCUGUUCGCUCAGAGAAAGGUCGAAUUUUUGGAGGACUUUGGCAGUAAGGCUAGCGGUCUUCUGGAAGCACAGAGAGCCCUCCAAGUUGCCCUUAACAAAGUUAACGAAGCUAAGAAAAAGAGUGAAAAUAGUCCAAAUAAGAAAUCAUCAUCCUCAAGUAGUAAAGAUGCUGGUGCUACAUCAAAUCAAGCUCAAGCAACAACCGCGUACAACAAUAGCACCAGUGGCUCGUCGGCGAGCUACAACUAUGGUUCAGGUACAAACGCCAGCUAUUACGGCCAAAGUGGUCAAGCAUACCCACAGCAACAGCAGUACGAUGGUUACUAUAACCACUGGCAAUACGGCUCUGGCUACAGCGGGUAUGGCCAAUGGAGUGGCUAUGGAAACUAUUAUUAGGAUCUAAAAUAGUUUUUACUAAUCUAUUUUAAAAUGAUUUGUUUUUUUUUCUAACUUUAAAAUUCUUAUAAACAUCGUUUAUAUAGUUUUACAUGUUUCUGUUGACGAUCAUUAUUUACUGUACUUACCUAAAAUUAAACGCUUAAAUUGAGUUUUAUUUACAUCAAAUUCGCUCUUUUAACUUUUCUUUGUUUGGUUUGUUUUGGCAAAUGGAUCUUUAAAUAUAACAAUCAUGAUAUUUGAUUUUGUAUAAAAUGAAAGCUUUCAAUGAAGUUUCAACAAAAUAGUAAUACGCGAAAUUAUGAUAAAUAUAACAAUAUACAUACAUAUUUAUAUAUGUACAUAAAUAUACAAAUUUAUUAUAAGCAAAAAUACAAUAAAAUAGUUCUCAAGGUCAGCCUAUAAGAAUUACAUUCGAAAUUUAAUAAACAACUACAAAAAAAACAAGGAUAAUUAUUUGUAUUUACGGUUUAAUUAAUAGUUUUAAUAAAUAAAUACGAUAUGAAGAAAUUAUGUGUUUGUUACUUCA